AUGACAAGCUUUCUGGCUUCGGAGUCUGAGGAACCAAAGAUAUCGAUUUCGGAUGUUGAAAGUGGAGAGCGAAGCCUAUCUGAGGAGAAUUUACUCAAUGACAAAGACUUCAGCGAAGAUUCGCCCGGCUUUUUCGACUACCUCACCAGCUCAACAUCCUCAACAAAACGAAAAUUCGGCAUUCUCCCCCGUCUGAGACAUUUCAUCGCAAAGCUCACUCUUUUCCUCCUCCCCAGUUUUAUAUCUUCCUAUUUCACAACUACCACCGGAAGCCGUAGUGGUGGCAGUGAAAAACUCGCUCCGACAGCAUGGCUAGACGGCCUACGAGGUCUCGCCUGUGCCUGUGUUGUCGUCCAUCACUAUUUCUACGAAUACUUCAACCAACUGGAACACCCAUAUGAUGGUAUCAAUCACGUUAACUGGGCUCAGUUACCCUUCUUGAAACUUAUACACCAUGGUCCACCUAUGGUGAAGGUAUUUUUUAUAAUAUCUGGUUUCGUAUUGACGGUUAAAGCUGUUAAGAUCACGAGGGCAACGGGUACUAUCGAUGGACAUGGACUUAUGAAUAACCUCUCCUCGUCGGUUUGGAAGCGGUAUUUACGACUAUACAUUCCUUGUGCCGCUGGAUUUGUGCUUUGUGCGGUUAUGAUAUCUGCGGGGAUGAUGGAGGCGAUUCCUUCUGGGCCGAAACCGAAGUGGAUUGCUGGACCUUUGGAGCGACGACCGCCGACGAAGGACAAUAUCUUCCAACAGUUGAUGUAUGCUGCCAAGGACUUUUACAUAUUCGCAUUCGACCUUACUCUGUUUAAUAUCCGCGAUAGGAAAUACUCUACAGAUGGACACUUAUGGACCAUCCCCAUCGAAUUCAGGAGUUCGAUCCAGCUUUUCAUCUUCGUCGCAGGAACCUGCACUUUAAAACGAUGGCUACGAGUCUACAUCAUCAUCCCACUAGCCACCAUCGUCCUUCUCUACUACGGAGGCUGGGGCCUAGCACUCUUCGUCUUCGGAUACUUCCUCGCAGAACUAAACAGCGACAUACCCACCAACAAGCCCCAGGAAAGACAAUCCAGAACCUCAAUAUUCAAAACUACUUUUCACACAAUUAUGGCUAUCACCGGUCUCUUCUUCCUCAGCUAUCCACGUAAACUACCAAGUUCGGAAUAUACAACGGGGUUCCAAUUCCUCGUCCCUCUAACACCGGCCAAAUACCCACGAGCCGGUGGCAAACGAGCCGAUUCAACCCAUGAGUUCUGGCAAACCAUCGGUUCCAUGUUACUAGUCUGGGCAUUACUUUACCUACCCCGCGUACAAAAGGUGGUACUGUGCAACAAAAUCUCUCAAUAUUUUGGAAAAAUCUCGUUUGCGAUAUAUAUCAUGCACGCUCAGACACAACAUAGCAUAGGAUAUUGGGUGGUAGUGAAUGGGUUGAAGUUGGUUGGGUUGUGGCGUUAUAAUGUGCAAAAGAAAGUAUGGGAUAUGGUUUCAGGGCAUAAUGAACUUUAUGCGGCGGUUGUAGUGGGAGGGUUUAUAUUUAUCACAUUUCCGACGACGGUUUGUUGGGCGGAUAUAUUCUGGAGAGGGGUGGAUUUGCAGAGUGUGAGGUUCUUGAGAUGGCUGGAGCCAAAGAUCAAGAGAUAG